AUGCCGGGAACCGGGAGGCAGCGCCGCCGCCAUUUUGUUGUACGGCAAACGGAGGGAAAUGGCGUUCAGGGCAGCAGGAGGAAGAGGAAGGUUCCCCGAGAAGAAGCUCUCGCUGCCCUGACACCGCUGCUUCCCAAGGGACGGAGCCUGGCCGGGAAGAUGGAGGAAGGGAAAGCGUAUUCACCCGACGGGGUGUUUGCUCACCUGGAAAUGCUGGAGGCGCGGGCUCAUGAGGCAGCCGUGAAGCAAGAGGCAACGGAGCAGCAAGAAGAGAAGCUGGCCAGGCUGAAAGCGAGAGUGCAGGAGCUGAGGCUCCAGAGGGAUGAGCUGCGGGCUAAAGUGGACCUGCAGCAAAAGGGGCAACUUGGGAAAGAAGGAGUCGUGUCGGAUCUGGCACAGCCCAGUGCUCGAGCUGUUUUAGAGUGGAAGAUAAAAAACAUUAAGGCCACACUGCAGAUCUUUUACCUUACAGGCAUCAGUGGGAAGCUGACCAAGCGGGGAGUGUGUUUCUGCAUCAGCACGGCUUACGAGGGGACCUACUUGGAUUCCUACUACCUGGACCUGCUCACCAAGCCAGAAGUGCAGAUUCACCGCCACUCCGUUCCCAUCUUCAUCCCCCUGGAGCAGAUAGCCAAGAAAUACUUGCAGACGGACAUCAGGCGCUUCUUGUCGGUCCUGUCAGACCACCUGAACGCUUACGUGGGGAGGAGGUACCAGGCAGACCAGUUACAGGAACACUUUUCAGACCAGAUAGAAGGACCCUUGCAGAGGAACUCCUUGUGUAACUUGCUGGUCUUUAAUUACAACGUGUCAAGUAGAAGCAAGACCUUUCCGUUCAACGUGAGGCUGCUUUACGGAGAUCCCUGUGGCAGCCUCCCCACUGAAGUCAUCGUUUCCUGCACACCGGACGCUCCUGCAUCUCUAGCAGAGACGGCAGCAGCUCACUCGGACCUGUUUCGCCGCGUGGCCCUGCACAAAGCCUUCCGCUCCUUCAGCGGCACUGAAGAAAGCGUGGAUGGAGCACCCGUAGGCCACCCUGCCUCUCCUCAGUAACGCACCUCCCCGAGCUCCCCCGCCUGUGGAGAGUGGUCUCGAAAUGCAGAUGUUUUCCGUGGACUGCAGCACUGCUGCUGGGAACCCCCCUGAGGAGCGAUUGGCCCGGUUUGGAUCUCGAGAGCACUGUUUCCUUGAGGUUUUCGGGUGUCUGUUGU